CCUCCGACAGACCGGCCCUUCAUUCCCGCACAAAGCGCGCGGCAUCCUCCAGCCUCUCCGUCCCGCCAUGAAACAGACUCUGAGCGAACUGAUGAGGAUGAGCAGAAUAUGCCGGAUGAUAUUUGCCACUUGUUUGGGAUCCUUUAUUCUGGUCAUCUUUUAUUUCCAAAGUAUGUUUCAACCAGUCAUGCGGAGGAACCCCUUCAUGGUGGAAGGCUGCUGUAGGAAAGGAUCCCGCAAUGCCCUGCAGGAGCUCUACAACCCCACACAGACGGAGUUAUCAGGAGCUGCUGUCCUCCACCAGGCCAGGAGGGAUCAGGUAGUCGAUGCCUGUCGGGUCUACAGUGCAUCGAGUCGUAAGCGGAGAGUCCUGACACCCGGAGACCUCAAACACCUCGUGGUGGAUGAAGACCAUGAGCUUAUCUACUGCUGUCCCAAGGUGGCCUGUACCAACUGGAAACGUGUCAUGAUGGUGCUUACAGGCCGGGGCAAGUACAGUGACCCAAUGGAAAUUCCUUCCAAUGAAGCCCGUUCCUCCAACCUUAAGACACUGAAUCAGUACAGCAGCGAGAUCAAUCACCGCCUCAAGAACUACCUCAAGUUCCUUUUUGUUCGUGAGCUCGAGAGGCUGGUUUCUGCAUAUCGCAACAAGUUCACCCUCAAGUACAACUCAUCUUUCCACAAGCGCUUUGGCACCCGAAUCAUCGCCGCUACCGCAAGAACCACGCAGGAUGCCCUGCUCAACGGGGCUGAUGUCAAAUUCAAAGAGUUCAUUGAGUAUCUGGUGGACCGCCAACAGCGGGACGGACUCAACGAGCACUGGCAGACUGUGUACCAGCUCUGUCCGUGUCACAUCCACUAUGACAUGGUGGGCAAGUAUGAGACACUGGAGGAGGAUGCAAACUACCUGUUGCAGCGUGGUGUAGGUGACUCCCUGCGCUUCCCGACCUACGCCAAGUCCACUCGUACCACGGAUGCUAUGACGGCUCAGUUCUUCAGCAAUAUCAGCACUCAGCAGCAGAUCCAGCUCUACCAGCUUUACAAGUUAGACUUCCUCAUGUUCAACUACUCUAUACCCAGCUACCUGAGGUUGGAGUAAUGGUGGACAGAGAUGGGACUCUGAGAGCGGCUGAUUCGGUCAAACAGAUAAAAGGAAAUGAGCGGAGGGCAGAA